AUGAAUAAUGAAAAUCCAUACAUAUAUAAUGAUGAUCUAAGUGAUGAAGCUGACCCCAGGACCUAUCAUGAAGCUAUCAACGGCCCCAACUCGGAAGAAUGGGAAAGAGCCAUUGCUGAGGAAAUUCAAUCGCUUGAGGACAAUGAAACCUGGGAUUUAGAGCCUGUUCCAAAGGGAAAAGUGCCAAUCGGAAGUAAAUGGGUAUUUAGAACUAAGACAACUCCUGAUGGAGGACCAGCUCGACACAAGGCUCGACUUGUGGCUCAAGGAUUUUCUCAAAAAUAUGGAAUCGAUUACGAUGAAGUAUUUGCACCAGUAGUCAAGGCAUCUACUGUCAGAACUCUUCUAUCUCUAGCAGGAAAGCAGAACUAA